AAACUAUUAAACAUUAUCGAACGCAAUAUAGUACAUCGAUUUUUUUUUAUUAAGAAAUCGAUAACAAAACUUGUCGAUCAAAUAUUUGCGAAUGAUUCGAGUAGUCUGAGAUGCAUUACAUACUGCAUCUCUAAUCACUAUUAGAAAAUGCGUGACGUAGCGAUGGAUGCGAAUGGAAAUGGGAAGCGUGAUCUUCCCCGAAUAGUUCUACAGCAACGAAUUAUGAGUACCGAAGAAACAUCUAAAUCUACGGAUUUGGACUUUGUUUAUGACGAUGCGGAUAAGCAUGCCAAUGAAAUUGCUGAAUUGUACAGCUAUUCAGAACAGUCUGAAUUACAUGUUAACCUCACAGCAUUUGAAGAGCAAAUGGAAUUAUAUAAAUUAAGACCAUGGUGGCAAAAUUUAUCAGAGGCACAACAGAAAUCUGUAAUUUACAAAUUAUUAGAUCAGUUAGAGGUUUCUAACAAACAAUUAAGAAUGAAGGCAGCAAGGUGCAUCUUGUAUUUAGCUCAAGGUUGUUGGGCUGAAGUGCAGUCUGAUGAAGAGCAACGAGAAUGGACCAGAACAAAUGUUAUGUUAUUAUAUGAGGCUGGAAUUUUUCCAGCAUUUGUUGAACUUCUUAAUAUUGAAAUUACGAAUAGUAGGAGAACUGCAUCUGCAAUGAGGAAAAUAUCUGUUAGUCUUGAUGAUUCCACUGAUUUAAGAGUAAUUUUGUCUGUUUUGUAUAUUAUAACAGAGGUGAUGAGGGAAGAAAUGAAAAAUUUAGAACAUAGUAUUUAUAAGAAUAAUGUUGAAUCUUUCAAAGAAGAUUUAAUAAAUCCAUAUGGCGAAGAGUUGCUUAUAGUUAAACUUCUUGGCAUGGUGACAUACUUCUGUAGUGGAGCAGCUCCACAUUUUCCAAUGAAAAAAGUUCUUUUGUUGCUGUGGAAAUUGAUCUUGGUAUCAUUGGGUGGUAUUGAUACACUAAGGGAGUUAAAAAAACAGUAUCGCGAUGAAGUUGGUCUAGAUACACAACAAGAAGAUACUUUAGAAGUUGCAAAAACUAUGAGAGCUAGUUCUCCUCCUGUCAGUGCUGCAGAUUUGAUUGAAACGCAAAAUCAAAAAAAGAAUCAUAGAUCUUAUCGACGAUUUCUAAUGAAACAAAGUUCAUUGGAUGAACCAGGUUUGGGAAUGGAAUAUGAAGGUGCAGAAGUGGGAAACAAUACUACGAACAAUGAAGGUGAAGGAGAAGCUAAUGUAUUUAUGAACCAAACUGUUUUGACUCAGUUACGAACUUACUGUCAAAAUGAGAACAAUCAGCCUCCAAUAAGGCCUGAUACCCCACAACUUACUAAGGGAAAAAGUUUACCAUGGACACCAAAGGUGAGACAAAAGGAUGUCGACACAUUUCUUGAAGCAUCAAGAUUAAAAUUUGUUGGUUACAAUUUGGAAGGAGACAGACAAAGUUUGGCAGGUUUACCACAACCAAUACUUGAAGGUGUUAAUACACUUAAAAGACAUAUGUAUACAUCUUUAGCUGAAAUCCAAAUCCAAAAAGAGGAACAAAUGCUUAGAAAUCCUAUAAGCACUCCAAGGUUUCCAAUUCGUCAGACACCAACAGAAAUUGUAUAUCAUGCUAUAUUACCAUUUGUACCGCAAUAUAUGAUUGCACUAUUAAAGAUUUUAUUGGCUGCUGCACCCACCAGUAAAGCUAAGACAGAUAGUACCAAUAUUAUGGCUGAUGUCUUGCCAGGACAAAUGCCCAUGACUGUUUUUCAGUCUAUGAAACUUGGUAUUGAUGUAAGCAGACAUAAAGAAAUCAUUGUUAAAGCAGUAUCUGCAAUACUGCUUCUUCUGUUAAAACAUUUUAAACUAAAUCACAUAUAUCAGUUUGAAUUCAUGUCACAACAUUUAGUAUUUGCUAAUUGCAUACCACUUGUUUUAAAAUUUUUAAAUCAGAAUAUUCUAGCUUAUAUAGAGGCUAAAAAUGUUAUUCCCAUCUUGGAUUUUCCUAUGUGUGUUAUUGGAGAACAACCAGAUGUGUCCCUAGAUAAUCUUGAAACUGGGGAUAAUCUACCAUAUUCAUGGAGAAACGUUUUUUCGUGCAUUAAUUUAUUACGUAUUCUUAAUAAACUUACAAAAUGGAAACAUAGUAGAAUUAUGAUGUUAGUCGUUUUUAAAUCAGCACCUAUAUUAAAACGUACAUUAAAAGUCAGACAUGCAAUGAUGCAAUUAUAUGUCUUAAAAUUACUAAAAAUGCAAACUAGGUACUUAGGGCGACAAUGGCGGAAAACUAAUAUGAAAACAAUCAGUGCAAUAUAUGCAAAAGUUAGACAUCGUUUAAAUGAUGAUUGGGCUUAUGGCAAUGAUCUAGAAGCACGACCUUGGGAUUUCCAAGUAGACGAGUGCGUAUUACGUUCUUGCGUUGAUCGAUUCAAUAACCUACGAUACACUAAUAUUCCUAAGGACAAAGAUAUGGAACCUGUUGAUAAUUCUGUUACAUCAGUACUCGGGGUAAAUAUGGAAUUAAGCGAUGAAUUUAAACAACAUUAUGAAUUAUGGUUACAACAAGAAGUAUUUCAAAGAAGUAUUAAUUGGGACGAAUUAUUGGAUCCUGAAGGACCUGGAUCAAAUUUUGACGUUUUUAUAAAUUAUAUACUAUUGUGAAGUGUUCAGAAAAGACAUUGCCAUAUCGAUGCAUUGGAAACUGAAUUUGGUUUGUAUACAUUGAUCAGUGAGUAACCCUAAUCUAAUGGACGUUUAAAAAAGAGACUAGUGAUUUUUUAAGGAUGGUUUACAAGAUAAUGUGUAAUUUUUUUACAUUUAUUUGUGUGUAUUUAAUUCAAUGUGUAUUACUUGUAGCAAUAUUUUAUUAUUACUAUUAUAGUUGUAAGAGAAUAUAUAUAAUAAUCAUAAAGAAGUAGGGUAACUUUAUUCAAAUAUAUGGUUCAUACCGUUCGCAUUCAUAUUAUAUAAGUUUCUGUAAAUUAAAAUGUUAAUUUCCAAUAAUGUAACAAACUGCGAAUCGUAUACCAGCUGGAACUUCCUGUAUUUUAUAUAAUUUUUAUAUGUACUCUAUUUCAUUGUGACUCGUCAUUGCCUAGCAAUACUAUUCAUCAUGAUACGGUAUUUACAAACAUAUAAAUGUUAACAUGUAUAAUGUAUUAAUUUAAUUUUAAAUUGCAUUUUUUCUUAAAAAUUUACUAAUUUUGUAAAUUAUAUAUGUUUUGUUCCUUAUUAAAUGUAAUGAGUGUUUGACCUGUGUGUUACGUGUAGGUGAUCUCUUUAUAUGAGAGAGAGAGAGAAAGAGCUGAAUAGCAAAAUCACUUGUAUAUAAAUUCAUGAUGCAAAACUGUAUGAAGCGCUCCUAUGGUGCUUUCGUCUUAUAGCAUUAUUUCAUUUGAUAGAUAAAUAUUUAAAAUGUAGAGUAUAUAAAUUAUAGACUGAAUAUUCAA